AGCUCGCUGGUCAGUAUCACCUCACCACUGCUGGCGGUCGGUUGUGCAUCUUUCUGCUGGACCAUCCGGAUUAUUGAGAUCGAACCAGAAAAACGUUGAAACGCGAUGCCAACCGGUAGCAACCCGUUCGAUGGAAUCAAUCCUGAUGCGUACCGUGCGUACGUGUUUUGGUCGAGCGUUCUGUUAAUGAAGCUGUUCCUCAUGCUACCGCUGACAGCAAUCAACCGAUUCAGAAAGCAGGCGUUCGCAAAUCCGGAGGAUACGGCUGCAUUUAGCAGGAAGGCCAAACCGAAGUUCGAUGAUCCCGAUGUCGAGCGAGUGCGCAGGGCCCACCGGAACGAUCUCGAGAACAUUCUACCGUUCUUCGUCGUCGGUUUCCUGUAUCUGCUGACCAAUCCUGCGCCGGCUUUCGCUAUUAACAUGUAUCGGCUAGUGGCCGUGUCGCGAAUUCUGCACACCGUGGUGUACGCCGUGGUGCCGCUGCCGCAGCCGGCCCGCUUCCUGGCGUUCGUGGGUGCGCUGGCGCCAACGGUCUACAUGACGCUGCAGACCUUGUUGUACUUUCUGUGAGGCAUCAAUGGUCUAGUAAAGCAAUGAACAAUCAUUGCUAUCACUUAUUUGACGCCGUGGUUUUUGGAUAACUAUUAAACAAUAGAUGAUAGCCUGGGA